UAAAUGUUUUUGCAAUUUUUUGCAGUUUGCUGAGACAAUGACAUGAAUCAAAAUGUCAUCUCAGAUGUCUUAACUAAGUCUGGCAGUUGUUUUAAUUGCACAAAACAAUUUCUAUUUUCUUACAGAAUUGUAGACAUCAAAAUCUAAAUAUUUCUAUAAGGUGCUUUCUGUAAAUGAGCGGAUACACAUAACUGUCUGCAAAUGUGAGGAUCCUUUAACUGCACUACAGAUUACAGAGUGAUGCAGAGUAAUUAUGAAGAUGGGAUUGGGGUUGAUUUGAUGUUUAACUGAACUGCGAUCAAAUCUUAAAAUUCAAAAACUUCUAACUAUACAAACCAGGAAACAGUUUCUUAUUGUCAACUACUUCUGGAAUAUGUCAUGGAGGAGGAAAAAAGUUUUCAUACAUACAGAACCAGUCAAAGUGUGUCCAAACAUUUUACUGGCACUGUACUUAUGACUGAGAUUAAAUGGAAAUGUUCAGAGAUCAUGGUGUUAUGGAGAAUUAGGAUGCCCAACCUUAAUAGUACAUGCAUUUAUCAUCUAAAAUUGAAUUUUAGGGCUUAUUUACCCAUUCAAAGUGAUAAAAAUCUGAAUUGUAAGAACAGAAACAUCCACUUUUGUUUACCCACAAUGCAAACUGGAAUUGGUGGGGGAAAUGGGAGGAACAAAACUAUAACCACAAUCAUGAGAUGUAGCUCCACCCAACAUGAAGUGGAGCCACCUUCCAGGUGUAGUUACACAGUAUAAAUACAUGUGAAAAGUUGAAACUGAACACCUGCAUUGAGACUCUUAAAACCAGACAGCUGACGUCUUUGAUAACUUCAACAAACCUCAUUAUGCCUAUCACUGGAGGAUUCAGUGAGACAAGAGAUGCCACUAAGGAAACUCAGAAGCUCUGUGAUCAGGUGAAACCCGAAGUAGAAAAGGAAACAGGGAAGAAUUUCAAAGAAUUUGUAGCUGUAAAAUACAGCAGACAGACUGUGGCUGGAACAAACUAUAUCAUCAAGGUUCAUGUAGGAGGAGACAACUACAUUCUUCUGAGUGUCUUUGAAGCACUUGAUUUUAAUGGAGGAGCAGUUGAACUGAAAGACGUACAGGAGAACAAAACCAACGAGGACCCCCUCACACCUUUUUAAAGUGAUUACAUAAUCUGUUUCAAAUGUUCAGCAAAGUAAUGUAAUAGGCAAAUAUUUAGUGUUUUCAAAGAAUUAAUAAAGAAAGCAUCAAAAUCACAAAAAGGAUUUGUUGUGAUUCUUGUGACUGUCUCUUUUCCUCUGUGGAGUUUUAAAGUAGAGGCCGUCUUGCUGGGCAGAAAUUUUUACAAAUGAAAAAGGUGACUCAUUAACCUGAUUAAGUCUGGCUGUUGUUUAACAGGAACUGCGGAACUUUUACAUAUCAAUGAACGUCCGUUACUUUCAAGCCCUUGUCAAAAUAGUUCACACAAUGCUGAUUAAGUCUAU